AAUCUGUGGCUGUUCUAUGCAUGUUCAAUUUAUCAGGUGUACAUGGAUGAAUGAAUAUCCAUUCUGAAUUCUUUUAAUAGGUUGAAAGGUCAAUAAUGCGUCUUGACACGGUUGUGAAAGAACGUGAGGAUUCUCUGCGCUUACUGCAGACAGGACAAGAGAGGGGCAGACCGGGCGAAUGGCGCAGGAAUGUUUUUGGCAAAACCUUCUGGUACCGCUUCAGGGAACAUCCAAUCCCCUGGUAUCUGAAUUCCAGAUACAAAAGGCGGCGAUUCUUUGAACCAUCACAUGUUGCCCCGUACACAAGGUUGAGCCUUGAAAAAUACCUGAGGAGCAAAAUACGGAAAGAAACAAGAGAAAAUAGAAACCAAAAAAGGCUUGCUGCAAUGUUUCCAAAAAAGACUGCACUUGCAUCAGACCACUGAAAAGACUUUUCGCAUUUAAUAUUGUCUUUUCAACACACAAUACUUUUUUUUUUUUUCAUUUCUCCAAAUGUUUUGGAGACUCAAAAUGUGUUGUACAGUCAAAUAAUAAAUUCACACUUGUAACCGAGACUGUUGUUUUGUAUAUAUUUACCUAGUUUCAUUUUUAUGACUAAUGUCUAAAUGAGUGAAUUAUAAGGACUGCAAGUCAUUCUCCCUUUUGAAUAACUUUAAGGGACACAUUUAAAUAUAGGUUUUCCCCAAUAUGCAAGUCUGAAUAAACAAGUUGAAAUGUACUAAAGAUUAGAACAAAAGUUUAAAUACAAAUGUGCACAAUCACUAAAUUGGCAAUCUUACCUCUUCAAGUAAUAGGAGAGAAAUUUAGACAAGUUUAACAAAAAACAAUUUAUUCCCAAAACAGCCGAUUAAUUGUUAAAAGCAUCAAAUUUUUCCUGUGAUGCAUUUUCUAAGAAGUGGCAAAGUGGUGUAAAUCAAAAAACUAUUUCAACUGUUCUAAGCACUGAUACAAUUGAGGGACAUAAUUCCCAUUUACCAAACGACAACCUUGUCACUGUUACUUUAAUUAUUCAGGUGGUCAGAAACGGGAUAUCUGAAAAUAUUGUGUGGAGUAGAAAAGAGUGCAACCAUGUCAAACUGUUUAAAAUAUGGUUUGUUUGC